AUCUAAUGAAUUUGAUUCAACUGAUUUUCAAAUGGAUGAAAAUGAGAAUUCUAAAAGAGUAACAAAUAAACCGAAGUCCCCAGGAGAAGAUGAUUUCGAAACUGUAAAAUUAAUAAGUAAUGGAGCUUAUGGAGCUGUGUAUCUUGUUCGGCAUAAGGAAACCAGACAACGAUUUGCUAUGAAAAAGAUCAACAAGCAUAAUCUUGUUCUUCGCAAUCAAGUUGAACAAGUAUUUGCAGAAAGAGAUAUUCUGAGUUUUACAGAUAAUCCAUUUGUUGUCAGUAUGCUGUGUAGUUUUGAGACAAAAAGACAUUUAUGUAUGGUGAUGGAAUAUGUUGAAGGUGGUGACUGCGCUACAUUGUUAAAAAAUAUGGGUCCACUACCAGUAGAUCUCGCUCGUUUUUAUUUUGCAGAAACUGUUCUUGCUGUGGAAUACUUACAUAGUUAUGGAAUUGUACAUAGAGAUUUAAAGCCUGACAAUUUGUUAAUAACUUCUAUGGGACAUAUCAAGUUAACUGACUUUGGGUUAUCAAAAGUUGGGUUAAUGAAUUUGGCUACCAAUUUAUAUGAAGGAUAUAUUGAUCGAGAAUCAAAACAGUUCAAUGAUAAACAAGUUUAUGGUACACCAGAAUAUAUUGCUCCUGAAGUUAUUGUUCGUCAAGGUUAUGGUAAGUACAAUAAUUGGGCUGCAAUUUCAAAAAUUGCAGACCUAUAAAUUUCCACUGUUUGU